AUGCUUGCGUCAACUGUGAUUGUCACCACCUUGUGGUGUUUCUGCUCGCUCCAUCCUACUUCUGGACAGGACUGUCCUAGUAGACAAGAAAUACAAGGCUCUCUGAAGCAGGUCCAGAAGCUUCUGUCAGCCCAUGAAGCCUCGUACUUGCAGAGCCUUCGAAACCUAAAGAAGAAAAUAAACCUGUUGCAGAGCAACGCAGGGAAGCAGACAACAAGAGCCAUCAACAGCACCUGCCCAAAACUGGACGCACCAAUCAAUGGGAGGAAACUUGGAAAGUCACACAGCGUGGGCCAUGAAGUUCACUUCCUGUGUGAUCCUGGAUAUGAACUUGUGGGAUCAGAGAGCAGGGUUUGUCAGGAAAGCCUGACCUGGAGUGGCCAGCACACUACCUGUCGAGACAUCAAUGAGUGUGCGUUCUCUCCAUGCCUGAAUGGUGGGACAUGCGUGGAUGAAGUGAACCAGUUCUCUUGUGUCUGUGCCAAAGGCUGGUCUGGAGCCACCUGUCAGAGCCCUGUGCCAACAUUCUUUGUCACCAUUACAAACACCUCUGCCGCUACCUCCCCAGCCACCGCUGCUGCUUCCACCUUGCCAGCUGCCACCACUGGACCUUUUGUUCGUCCAUCACGUUGCACUAUAGUGCAGGGGACCACUCACUGCACCUGUGAGCCAGGAUACACCAUCUCUGGCAGGGACAGCAACACUUGCACUGAUAUAGAUGAAUGUGAGCUGUUUCAUAAUGGCCAGGCUGGGAGAUUGUGUUUACAUGCUUGUGUAAACACCCCUGGUGGCUACCGCUGUUCCUGCCCCGUUGGAUAUAAUGUGACCCGUGAUGGACGAAGCUGCAAAGAAAUUGAUGAGUGUGCUACUAGACAAAACAACUGCACAAAGGACCAGAUGUGCAUUAAUACCUACGGUGGUUUCCAGUGUGUCCGUGUGGACUGCCCCAAAAUUCCUAACGCUACAUAUGUCAAGACGUCGCCAAUGCGUUGUGAACGUAACCCCUGUCCUGUGGACAACAAGGCUUGUUCCCAGACCCCAAACUCUUUUUCCUACCAUUACCUGGCUGUCGUGUCCAACCUGUCAGCUCCACGCGUCAUGUUCAGGGUCUCAGCAUUGCGUCCAAUGGGUGACACACUUCGCUUCUCUCUGCUGGGGGGAAGGCAAGCUCGGCGCCACUUCACAGUCCAGCGUUCAGAUCGUGUGACAGGUCAGCUGAUGCUGGUGAGCCCAGUGCAGGGCCCUGCCACACUGGAGGCAGAAGUGGAGAUGAACGAGCUGGAGAGACGAGUCCAGCUGGGAAGGUACAUCACUAAAAUCACCAUGUUUGUUUCCCAGUAUGAGUUCUAGAAAGAGAGGGUUGAAAGUGGAAACACACUUAGAGUACAAAGGCCAAACAAAAGUCUAAACUAAGGACUAUAUUUGGUCAUGGAUGUGUGAUAAUCUAAUAUAUUGUGGAGACCAUCUUUAAAGUUGCCUCUGCUGUUGCUAAAGGAGUUACUGCAACUCAAAAAUGUAGUAAAGUAAGCUUGAGCCAGCAUAUUGACUCUCAAGUGAUGGAUGAAUUAACAUCUGUUUUGCACAGCUGUGUGCAAUAAAUGUUUUAGAAUAUGGGUUCUUCAGGGCAUUGGUAAUAAGCUAUAGAAAUGCAAACUGAGUGAUGUAUAUUUGGAUUGACUUAACCAUAAGAACAAGUGUUUUGUAUGGAUUAACUAAAACAUAUUUAUUGCACAAAGAGAGAAAAGAGUGUAGGAGAUAUAAAAGGUGAACGAAAUGAUGUAGCAAACAGUAAAACAACAUUCAACUAGCAUUCAAUAUGUAUCCAGCCUGAAAUAAAGUGCUAUAUUUGUAAAUGACGGUCCUGCCAUGUUGACAUUUAUGUUAUGUAUACUUGACAUGUAAUCAAAAUGUGUGAAGAUUUUGUAAUUCUCUUUACUAUCAUGUUUUAGUUAUAUUCGGCUUUCACCACAACUGUAAUAUCAUGCCUCCAAUACAAUCAUUAAA